CUCUCUCAAGCAAUCAUAUCUCUCUCAAAGCAAUCAUAUAUCUCUCUCUCUCUGUGUCACGUUUCUGCUUCUUCAAAGCGCGGAGCCAGCUCGAACCUGUACCCUCGGCCUCACCUCCGUCGAUCCCUGAGAUCACUGCCAUCAGCUCGGCAGCGGAAAUGGAGAAUUCCGCAGGAAAUCAUCAAGAUGCUGCUGUACCAGUUGAAGGCGUUGCUGGUGGUGGAACAGCUUAUGGAUGGAGUGAAGGAGGCUUACGUGGUUCUGAUCUACCCAAGGGAUGUAUUGACCCUGCUGAGGUUCCAACAUCCAAUUUAGUGCAUGUGUGGUGCAUGCCGAGCACAGCUAAUGUUGGACACUCAGAGAUGCCCAGGCAGCUGGAGACAGCAAAUCUUUUGGCAGCUAGGAAUGAGAGAGAGAGUUUUCAAAUUGCUAUGCGUCCAAAAGUUUCUUGGCUUGGCUCUGGCAUUGCAGGGGUGGUGCAGGUCCAGAGUAGCGACUUAUGUUCCACUUCUGGUGAUCGGUUGGCUCUGGGACAGUCAGUAACAUUAAGACGCGUGGUGCCUAUACUGGGUGUUCCUGAUGCUCUUGUACCUAUGGAUCUUCCCUCGAGUCAUAUUAGCCUACUUCCAGGAGAGACGACUUCUAUAUGGGUUUCCAUAGAUGUCCCAAGUGAACAACCACCAGGGCAGUACGAGGGAGAGAUUGUUAUCACCGCAACUAAAGGCGAAAAGGAAUCAUCAUCUCAAGGUUCUGGCAAAGUUGAGAAGCAUCAGUUAUAUAAGGAACUUAAAAGCUGUUUGGACAUUGUGGAGCCCAUAGAUGAAAAACCAUUGGAUGAAGUGGUGCAAAGAGCAAAAUCUGCAGGUACAUUUUUAAGAAGGAUCCUCUUGUCUCCAUCAUUUGCCGAGUUCUUGUCAGAUGAUGGAAUUGAUGAUAUGAUGGAUGAGGAUGCUACUUCCAACCUCUCAGUGCGUGUGAAGAUAAAUUUGACCGUUUGGGACUUCAUUCUUCCUGCUACGCCUUCGCUCCCUGCAGUUUUUGGUAUAUCUGAUACUGUAAUCGAGGACCGAUUUGGCGUUCAACAUGGGAGCGAAAAUUGGUUCCGCACUUUGGAUCUGCAUUUUAAGUGGCUCCUUCAAUACAAAAUCAGUCCAUAUUUCUGUAGAUGGGGAAACAGCAUGCGUGUUUUGACGUACACCUGCCCUUGGCCUGCUGAUCACCCAAAAUCAGAUGAAUACUUUUCAGAUCCACGCCUAGCAGCCUAUGCUGUACCAUAUGCUCCAGCAAUCUCAGGAAACGUUGUAGCAGAUGAUUACCUGCGAAAAGAAGUUGAGAUCUUGAAGACAAAAUCUCACUGGAAAAAGGCCUAUUUUUAUUUAUGGGAUGAGCCCCUGAAUUCUGAACAAUAUGAUUCCUUAUGCGACAUUGCUAGGGAAAUUCAUGCCUAUGCUGAUGAUGCACGCGUGCUAACAACUUACUAUUGCGGUCCGAAUGAUAAACCUCUUGCACCUAAUUCCUUUGAGGCGUUUCUGAAAGUUCCGAAGUAUUUGCGUCCUCAUACCCAAAUAUUUUGCACAAGUGAGUGGGUGCUUGGUAAUCGAGAGGAUUUGGCCAAGGAUAUAAUUGCUGAAUUAGAGCCAGAGAAUGGUGAGGAAUGGUGGACAUAUGUAUGCAUGGGACCCUCAGAUCCUCAUCCUAACUGGCAUAUCGGAAUGCGUGGAACUCAGCAUCGUGCUGUUAUGUGGCGUGUGUGGAAGGAAGGUGGAACUGGUUUCCUGUACUGGGGAGCCAAUUGUUACGAGAAGGCAACUAUCCCCAGUGCCGAGGUAAGAUUUAGGCGAGGCCUCCCCCCUGGUGAUGGCGUGUUGUACUAUCCUGGAGAGGUCUUCUCGUCUUCUCAUGAACCCGUUGCUUCGAUCAGACUAGAACGCAUUCUCAGUGGCUUGCAGGACUUUGAGUACUUGAAGCUCUAUUCGUCAAGGUAUGGCCGGGAGGAAGGGCUUGCUCUCUUGGACAGGACAGGCGUUUACUUGGGCCCCGAGCGCUACACGGCAGAGCACAUGCCUAUCGACGUCAUGCGGGGCGAGAUCUACAACACCUGCCGUGCAUGAACGCCUCUCUGCCGAGCAACUCAUUUCAUGCAUUCCCCAUUGGACAGAAACUCGUUCUCUUGAAUCCAGUGAUUUCCGUAAGAAAACAUGACACCCCAACCGGAAAGUUUGGUGUAUCAACACCAUUAUAGAGAGCGUGAAUUAUCGACUUGGUCAGUUUUGAUUUUCCGGAGGCAGAGUCAUAGUUCCGGGGGAGGACUAGAAAUAAUGUACAGUCUGGUCUUUAAUUUAUUGCUGGUAUCAAAGUAGAGGAACUAUAUUGCUAGUUAUUCGUUACUGUGUAGAGAUGGCAAUGUAUUCGCCGAAGCUGUUUGUGUUUUGUAUUUCAAUAAUCAUGUUUGUUCGAAUUUAUUACUGUUCCGUGUUU